GUCGUUGUUUUCAGGCCCCUGUUUUUUUUUCCAUCAUGAAGGAAGCAAACAUGUCUGUCCCCGUGAGUGUAGGGGAUCUGCUUCAGGCGGACCUCCAGGAGGACUCUGCGUACCGGGACGAGGGCCUGUGUGUGGUCGGUAUUUUCGGCAAGAGCAACAUGCAGGCGGGCCCGCUGAAGGAGUCUCUGAUCAACAGCCUGGCGGACAAACACAUCUUCACCCUGUUUGGGGUUGCAGAGGAGGAGGACGGCGGCUCCGCGGACUGCAGCAGCCACAUCCAGGCUCUGUACAGCCAGGAGGACCGUGUGUUGUACCUGCUGCUCUCCUCCGUGUGCGACAGCCGCCAGCUCCUGCGGGCCUGCCGGUCUCUGAGCGCCGGUACCAGCCACUCCGACGCCCACGACUUCUGGAAAGGCCUGGACCGACAGCAUUGCCUCCACCUGCUCUACAUGUUCUCGGUGUGCCACGUCCUCCUGCUCGUCCAUCCAAACCAGACUUUUGAUGUGAGCUACGACCGGCUCUUCAGAGCACUGGACGCCUUGCGGCAGAAGGUCCUGCCUCUGAUCCGGGCUGCCAUCAAAGACUGCCCGGUGUCCAAAGAGUGGAAGCUGAACUGUCGGCCCUGCCCUCCCCGCCUGCUCUUCGUCUUCCAGAUGAACGGGACUCUGAAGGUCUCUGGAAACGGUUCAGAGUCUGGAGGAAACCCUGACAAGCCCAAAAAGCACUCACCCAGGAGGAGGCUGCAGCACGCCCUGGAGGACCAAAUUUAUCGUAUCUUUCGUAAAAGCCGAGUUCUGACCAACCAAAGUAGCAACUGCUUGUUCACCGUGCCCGCCAACCAAGCGUUUGUUUACGUGAUCCCAGCGGUAGAAGAGGAUCCUGUGGGGGCCUUGCUUGGCCAGCUGAGAUCCAACUGCAUCUUGUGUGACCAAGAUUCUACCACGUUGGUGUCCGGGCCGAGACGUUACCAGCAGAUGCGACGUUCUGCUCGGCAGCCCAGCUUCAUCGGUGACACAGGCAGCAUGUCAAUGGGCGGUCAGCUGGUGGACUGCAGCUUGAAGGAAUUCCUCUGGCAGCAUGUAGAGCUCGUGCUCACCAAGAAAGGCUUUGACGAUAGUGUUGGCCGCAACCCACAACCUUCACACUUUGAGCUACCAACGUAUUCCAAAUGGGUUCAGGUGGCAUCCAGACUCCACCAAGUCCUUAUUAACAACACAGAGGAAGAAAUAUCUGAGCUUGUCGUGAAAGUGCAAAGCCAGCUGAAGGUUUUGGAGGGCUUUCUUGAUGCCGACACAAAGUUCUCUGAGAACAGGUGCCAGAAAGCUCUGCCACUGGCUCACAGCGCUUACCAGUCCAACCUUCCACAUAACUACACCACAACGGUGCACAAAAACCAGCUGGCGCAAGCACUGCGAGUGUACAGCCAGCACGCCCGUGGUGUGGCUUUCCAGCGCUACGCCCUGCAGGUUCAUGAGGACUGCUACAAGUUCUGGAGCAAUGGCCACCAACUCUGCGAGGAGCGAAGCCUCACUGACCAACACUGCGUUCACAAGUUCCACCUUCUGCCUCAGCCAGGAGAGAAGCCGGACAUGGAUCGCAACCCUCCCAUCCUGAACCACAACAGUAGGGGGCGCUCCACCAGUUCGUGUAACUGUGGGAGGAAACAGGCUCCUCGUGAGGAUCCGUUCGACAUCCAGGCGGCUAACCAUGACUUCUACCAGAUGCUGGAGGAGAAAUGCUGCGGGAAGCUGGAGAGGAUUGAGUUCCCGGUGUUCCAGCCCAGUACUCCAGACCCAGCCCCGGCCUCCAACCAAGCCCAGCGACUCCCAUCUGAGGCCUCGGGCUCUGGUGAGGCAGAGAGGUUGAAGGAGCCAAGCACUGCCCAGAGCCACACACCUGGAGACACCAGCCUCAGCCUGGCUCUCAGUCUGGGCCAGUCCACUGACAGCCUGGGGCCUUACGGGGACGGGGAGGGGACUGAAACUCAAGUUCAGCAGAAGAGGCCAAGUCUCGUCGACCGUCAGCCCUCCACUGUGGAGUAUCUCCCUGGUAUGAUGCACUCUGGCUGCCCCAAAGGCCUGCUCCCCAAGUUCUCCAGCUGGUCAUUGGUCAAACUGGGCCCGGCCAAGUCCUACAACUGCCACACUGGUCUGGAGCAGCCAGGUUUCCUACCCGGGUCUUCCUUCUUAUUGCCAUGGGACUUGGUGAUCCGCUCUCGGUCAGAGGAGGAUACAGGACUGGGAGAGCCUCUUGAUGGAAGCACCUCCUCAUGGCCAGCCCCCAACAAGAGCCUCGUGGGGAAGCGAGGGAGCACCGGAGGGCUCGGCAGGAGUCGCAGGAGGGACGACAUGGCUCGGGUUUUUGUGGGUUUUGAGUAUGAAGACAGCAGAGGACGACGCUUCAUCAGCUCCGGGCCUGAUAAAAUAGUGAAGGUGUUGGGGCCGGGGGGUGCCAAGGAUCCCGCUACCAGGGUGCUAAAUACAGACAUGCCGCUGUACAUCCCCUCUCCUUCCCAGGGCCGUGGCCUGAAGGCUCACUACGCCCAGCUGACUCGCCUUUUUAUUGUCGUGCCUGACGCCCAGCUGGAGGUUACACUCAACCCUCAGGUUCAGCCUGGUCCUCCUCCCUGCCCAGUUUUCCACCCGGAGCAGACAGACUUAGUGUUGCCUCCUGAUGGUCUCUGGGUGCUGCGGUUCCCCUAUUCCUACUUGACAGAUCGCGGCCCCUGUUACCCCCCCAAAGAGAACCAGCCCCUCAACAACUACAAGGUGCUGCGAGGUAUCCUGAAGGCCACGACUGCUAACCCUCCUCCACAGUGAACUUUAAUCCUUUUACUGAAGGACUUAACUUUCCUGCACUCAGUCGUAUUUGUUUACACCUCCUGACACAGGCUGAGAAAAUGUGGAUUUUUUUUGUUGCCUUGCCCGCAGCAGGGUCAGUCCGUGACCCUCCCCCCAGACAUCUUGUCUCGCUUCAAUGUCAAAAUCUCCCCAAGUGUGUUAGAAACGAAUGGCUGCACAUGGAUAAACAUGGUCCCCACAGACUGAAUCCUAUUGAUUUUGAUGACCUCCUGACUUUUCUGUUUACUGAACAUUUUCAUGAUUCCCAGAGCAGCAAUCCAUCCUGUAGUGCCAUCCUGAGGUUAAACUUUACAUUUGUAACUCUGAGAAUAGCAAAGUCACCAGUAUAGCCUUUGUUCUAAGUAUGCUUGAGGAUUUAAGGGUGAAAUUCACAUCAUAGCCUAUAACAGACUGCUAAGAUCCUGGUUUAGGCUCUGCUGGGACAUUGUAAGCGUCUUUGUCUGACUGUUGAUUCUUGUGAUCCCUUGUUGGCAACUGAUAGAUUGAUCAAGUUAAGUCAGUGUCAGAGGAAGUUCGUGACAGAAAGAGCUGUCUGACGAGCUCCAGCCAGGAGGUGAUUUCACCUAUUUAGUGUCUUAACGUCUACUCCACAAGCA